UGACGAACCUCGGCGUGUUUUCAUUGGUGGUUCCACGCUCUACGGUUUGGUCACGUGACAGUAUCCGUCACUGCUGGCUGAGCGAAGCGUGUUAGCAGAUUUUUCUAUUUUGUACAUACAUUUUGUAUAUACUGUAUAUGAUGACAUCAGUGGUCAGUAAUCAAGCCCGGGGAACUCGCGAUAAAGCGCUGCCCACCACCACACAAACACAACCUCAAAAGCAGAUACAGGCCACAGCUGAACAGAUUCGUUUAGCCCAAAUGAUCUAUGACAAAAAUGAUGCAGGAUUUGAAGACAAGGUCAAGCAGCUGAUUGAAGUAACAGGGAAGAGUCAAGAUGAGUGCAUGGUAGCCCUUCAUGACUACAAUGAAGAUGUCAACAGAGCCAUCAAUUUUCUGUUGGAGAGCACUUCAGACACAUGUCAGAAUUCCUGGGAGACUGUGGGAAAGAAGAAAAGUCUCGGAAAAGAAGGAGGACCCUCAGAAAUUAAGGAGAGCCGGGAGAGGAAAGGAGGAGAGAGGGAAUCCAGUUAUGGACGUGCAGGGUCCAACAGACGGGGUCGGGGCACAAGCCGAGGCCGUGAAGGUUAUCCAGAAGAGAAUGGCAUUGAUGUGGCUCCAGGAGAGAGGGGGGUAGACCGUGCACGUAGGGGACGGGGCCGAGGGUCAGGGGGUCGGGGUAGAGGAAGAGCAGCUCCUGGGAGCAGGUUUUCCUCCCAGGGAAUGGGCACCUUCAAUCCAGCUGAGUACACUGCCAACUCUGGACCUCCACAUGAGUCAUGGGAAGUGGAUGACAAUGAAGCAGUUGAGGGAACUGGAACGUGGGGAGGCAAUCUGGAAGACUGGACGUCCUGAAGACUGGAACGAAGAUUUGUCUGAGUCCAAAGUAUUCACUGCCUCUGCUUCUGCUCCAGCAAACCAACACAAUCUACUGCCUAAAGCUGGAGAGGAAGUAGGGGGAUCUGUCGACUCAUACCUCGGGGGGAUAGUUGAUGGUCCCUCAACCGAAGA